AGUCGCCCCGCCAUAAAAAGAGGCGCGGCGGGGCUCCCCAGCUGGCCGCUACCCUUCACUCCCAGAGAACCUCUCCAGGCUGACCCCCUGUCCCGGUGACAGCCACAGGUCACGGCCGCCGGCGAAGCCGAGCCGCAGCGCUUGCAGCACCCCUGGGUGUCUCGGGAGCAGUCUCGCCGGGUCCAUGGAGAAGGGCCCGCUGCCGGCGGAGAAGCCGAGGGGACCCAGGUGCACCAAUGGGUUCCCCGAGCGGCAGCUGUCGCGGCCCGGGGCCAGCCGGCCAGCCGAGAAGUCCCGGGCGCCGGAGGCCAAGAACUCACAGCCGGCCGACGCCUGGAAGGCAGGGCGGCCCCGCAGCGAGGAGGACAACGAGCUGAACCUCCCUAACCUGGCGGCCGCCUACUCAUCCAUCCUGCGCUCGCUGGGCGAGGACCCCCAGCGGCAGGGGCUGCUCAAGACGCCCUGGCGAGCGGCCACCGCCAUGCAGUUCUUCACCAAGGGAUACCAAGAGACCAUCUCAGAUGUCCUGAACGAUGCUAUAUUUGAUGAGGAUCAUGAUGAGAUGGUGAUUGUAAAGGACAUUGACAUGUUUUCCAUGUGUGAACAUCACCUCGUUCCGUUUGUGGGAAGGGUCCACAUUGGUUACCUUCCUAACAAGCAAGUUCUUGGCCUCAGCAAACUUGCCAGGAUUGUAGAAAUCUAUAGUAGAAGACUACAAGUUCAAGAGCGCCUCACCAAACAAAUUGCAGUGGCCAUCACAGAAGCCUUGCAGCCUGCUGGUGUUGGGGUAGUGAUUGAAGCAACGCACAUGUGUAUGGUAAUGCGGGGGGUGCAGAAAAUGAACAGCAAGACUGUGACCAGCACCAUGCUGGGGGUGUUUCGGGAAGACCCAAAGACUCGGGAAGAGUUCCUCACACUCAUCAGGAGCUGAACUCCGUGUGUACACACGACCUGGUUUGCAGACCCCACUGCUACCGGCGUUUUCCGUCUCAAUCAUGCAUUCCAGUUUCAAUUGGUACAGAUGUGAAUUUUAUUUCUCACCAUGAAUUGUAUUUAAUAAUUAUUUAUAGAUAUGUCAAAUAAAAGUAAUUAGCUAAGGGGUGAGCCUUCUGCUUUCUUCUUGCCACCUUCUUAGUGGCAAUGUCUAAAGUGAACUGCCAAGAGUAUAGGUCAUCCACACGGACCACUGCCAUUCAGAUUCCCUCAGGGUGCUGUCAAGAAGGAGAAUGCAUGCGCUGGUUGACAUUGUAAUUGACUCAUUAGCAGAGGGUCCUGUGGCCACUGUGCUGUGUUUUCCUCCUCUAGUGGACAGAGUCUAACUCUGAAGGAAGUGCUAGAGACAAUAGAUAUACAGAGAGCAUUGCUGUGUGCAUUCAGAGAUUUGUGAAACCACCAGUGACAUUUUACUCAAUAUAUUCACUGACUGUCUACCUGUAUCGCUAGUCUCUGAGGGAAGGUGAUUUGAUACCUGUCUUUAAUUUUGCUGUGCCUUAACAAGGCACUUUCUAUAUUUUAAAAUUUGAGUAGAGGGAAUUCGUUCCUGGAGUUGCUUAUGAGUUCAUUUUCAUGUCAGCAUACAUGGAUGGAGAGGGCUGACUCUGUGCCUUGGUGAGAAUAUUGAACCAUUUGAAGUGUAGGUACUUUUGCCAUCUUUUAGGAAAAGCCAUUACUUCAUAAGUUUAUAAGUGCCAACUGCAGGUAACUAGCCAUUGCCGACUUCCUGUUAGAAGUUCUUGGGAGUUUAUUUUGUAUGUUCCAAGGAAAUGCUUCAUAGCAUCUCAAAAACUCUUAGGAAGUAUUUUUCUAAGUAUUUCCAGGAUCUGUUGAGACCACCUAGCUCCUCUGGACUGGGAGGAGCACAGAAUGGGCUCCCAGCCUGGGGCUGGGUCCAACGCUCUGGGCCAAGCUGUUAUGCUGGUGUCUGCAGAUGCCCUGGGGACUUGGGUCUAGUUCCUUCCUUGUCUUCAGUACAAGUGUGUUCAGAUGGUGUAGCUGUUCAGGAAGCUUGGCUUAUUACCACUUAGUUUAAAUACCCUGCACUGGGACAGUGUGGGCCAAGUGAGAGCAAAGCAGGUAGCCCCCCCCCAUGUGCUCUCUCUCUCUCUCUCUCUCUCUCUCUCUCACACACACACACACACACACACACACACACACACACACACACACACACACGGCUGCUCCAUGAAGAAGUCUCCCAUUGGCUAACAGUGCUAUAAUCCUACCACUGCCACUUAGACACUCACUAGCCUAUGAUGAAGCAAGAUGAGGGGGCUGGCUUUUUAUUACUUUUACUUUUUUAUCUCUGCCUUUUCCUGGCACUUUCUAUAUCUAGAGUUUCUAAAGCACAGUCAGGUUGGUUUCGGGUUCCCUUUAAAAUCUGACCUGAUAACAGUGUUAGGCCACUUACUAUUAAACAUUUCUAGGUAGAACACUAAGUGCUCAUGUUUGGUAUUUUAAAGUAAAAAGCAGUGUGACUUGACUUAGAGGGCCAAAGAAAUUGUUCGACAUACCUUCAUCUGCUUGGAGUGAUCAUUUGUAUCCCUUCUGAAUGGCUCUGUUGGCUCAUUCCCUAGAAGUUCUUAACAAAAGCUUGACAUGUGCACAGGCUAGUCUCGUCAGUACGUGCAAAGUGACACCUUGUCUGUUUCACUCUGGUCUGUAGUACUUCAAAAUUGCCUUUUCAUGUCCAUGACACUGAGUCCAUCUGGGGGAUUUUUAAAGAAUUUGAUGUAUUUACAUAUACUGUUCAAUUACACGGUUUGGAUUUUCUGUAUGUGUAUGGAUGUUCCCGAAGUUGGUUCUAUUUAAAUGAUUAAAGUGUUAUAAUUUUG